AUGACCCAGAAGUAUGUCAUUUGCUGGGUAGAUAUUCACGACAGCGUAGUCCUUUUCAUGACAAACGAUGCUCUAGAAGAACAACUACAAGCCAGUGCGGGCAACAGGGAAUGGAUCUACAUCAGCAUAUCCACCGCAGGCUCGACUUUCACAUGCACCUAUAGAACAGCAGGACUUGGACUUCUCAAUAGAAAGUUUUGGGCUAAUGCAGCACUUAUGAGCAAUCUUACGGUUCAUACAGAUCCAACAGGUCCUCUCAUCCGAAUUUCAACCCGAAUAACUUGUCUGAUGAUGUUUCUUACCCAACUAUUACUUGAUCGUCCACUUGGCAUGAUUGAUACUCAAGUCCUGUUUAUCAAAUUCUGGCAGUACACCUUAUUCCUUCGUCUCCUCAAACGUUGCCUGUUACACUCUGUUGCAUGUGUCACCUGUGCCUACAAGAAUAUCGACAUGGUAUUCUAUACCAAAUAGUGGCUCCAUUAAAAGAGAGAGUGA